CUUUAGAGGUCCUUUAAUGUAUACUUAUCUCCGAGAUAUGGAGAUUGCCUCGAGGCAUGGUGAGACCAAUCUAAGGAGGACUCCUCCUCUCUACAUAUUUGUGUUCAGGUAAAUGCUGCAAGGAAUGUUUCUGAGCGUUUUAGCUGCCGCACCCAAUCUAGUUUAAAAUAUACAGCAGGAACACAGCAGAGAGUCACAUCGGAACUUUACGUGAGAGUCAAGGUAAGCCUCCAAUGUUCAUCUGCCAUUGGAUUUAGAAUACUAAUUACAUCAUACAUAGCAUGUGGAUUAUUUAUAAUAUCAUUAAAAUGGUUUGCAUGUUCUGAAAAUAGAAUUUGGAGUUCAUUUAAAACUAAAUAGAACAAAUAUUAAAAUGUCUCAAUAUUUCUUUAUGUUUUGCUAUAUAUUGUUUGCAUGCUGAUUAGCAGGUCAUGAAAAGUGCUACCUUGAAAUAUUCAGGAUUCAUCAGGAGGGAAAUUCGUUUUUGAAAGAAAGUGGGAUGCUUAAAUGUUUACCUAAUCAGAAGUUAAUUAUUUCCUCCUUGAGUUAUGGAAUUAUUUCUUUAUUACCUGCAGCAAUUAUAUGGCACGUUACAGGGCAAUAUAUUUCAUACCCUAUUCAUCACAAUUCAGAAGGGAUAUAUGUUUAGAAAAAUAUGGCCGCUUUGGCAACUUGUGCUGCAAACUCAGUAUUUUGUAACAGCGCAUGUAGUAACUGCCCAUUGUGAUAUUAGAAAUAGAUGUGCAGUGACAGCAAGAUGUAUUACGCAUUCUUCAAAUGGUCUAUUUAAAGGAAACACUUCCAGAUUGGUAGAAACACCGUCCCCCUCUCCCCCCUCCGUACCACUACUCUAUUUCUAAAUACCACUGUACCGCCCUAUGUAGCAAACAAUGGACAUCCUCGACUUAACUACCCCAAAGGUUACAGGGUAAACUAAGAUCGUACGCUGAAAGGCGCGUAAGCACAUGCACGUGCUACGCACGGCGACUGCGGGCCAAUGACACGAACACACGAUAAACCUCUCUACCAGCGAACAAGGCCCUCUACCACUAACAACAUCACACACUGGGAGAAUUUCCACCUCCUCCCAUUCCUUUUUUCCUUCUUCUAUAUCUCUUUAUUUGCUUGGUUUUAGUGUUUUAAUGAUGUUAUAAAAUGUAAAAGUGACAGUACAUGAUAUUGCAGAGGGCGCACGAACCGAAACAGUAAUACCAUGCUAACAUUGGCUUCUGCGUAAGCCGUAACAAUGUAAAAACAAAAUAUUGUAUUGAAUAUGCAAAUGCUGGCUUCUGCGCAAGCCCUCACAAUGUCACAACAAUUGCGUAAUAUUAUCUGUCACGACCAGAAUAAAUAUAUAUUUUUUUUUAAUAAAAAAUCUAUGUUGACUUAAAUGCUGGUUAUAAUUAUCCGGAAUGCACAAGGCGUCCUGAUAUAGCCUACUAAAACUCGAUGCACAGGAAUGUCUUAUGAUUAAGGAGUGUCAGCCACCACCCACCAGCCGAGAUACAUAAACAAUAAAGUUGGACGAUAUUUUUUGUUUCAUUUGAUCAAGUGCUGAGAAUUUCCAUUAUUUUGUAGCAAAGGAGCUCUCAUUUCUGUUAGCAAUAAAUCCUUAAGCCAACCAAGCGAGAAAUGUAAGACUAUCAGGGGCUGAUUAAAUGAGGAAUCUAGGCUUUAUGUCAUGCUUUUAAAGAUCAAGUCCCCUGUUUGAGUGAUCUGCUAAGUAACCCAUAACUUGCAUGAUCGCAUCCCAUAACUGCCAUCGUAGAAUGCUCAGCUUUGCACAGAUUGUCCACAAUGAAACUUCUGCAUUAUCUGAGCAUCAGUUUAGGGGACAGGCAUUGAGUGCCAGUAGAUACUUACUUUUUUUAUUGUCCAAUCACUCAAAAACAUUUUAACAACAAAAAAAAAAGUGUACAGCACCCAAUAUUCCUUUCUUCUUGACCAUUGCAAUCACUACUAUGGAACCAACAGUGUCCCUUUAAUUAAACUGCAGCCUCUAAAACAGGCCCCUCACUGCCGCUCUGUACAGGUACUCUCUGUGGCUGAGCUAUUUUUAACAUUACAUUACCACUCUAUGGAAUAUGAUAGCACUUGAAUGUAAGUUUGUAUUUAGUUUAUCUGACCUGCAUAAAGUGCAACAUUAAGUUUUUCAACAUCUAUUCAGCAGUCAUAUUACAGUCGAUUCAGAAAAACAAGGAAAAUGCUAUUUACUAAGCGGUGAGUUGUGUCAAAAAAUCUCCUUUUUUCUUAAUUUUGCAAUUCGGCCCACAACUCAUCAUAACUCACUGCUUAGAGUGCAAGCUCUUUGGCAUACCUUAAAAGAGCAAUCUUUUUAUUGAGUAGGAAGUGUGAAUGGCUGUUCUGUUUAGCGAUUAAUAGUAAUAUAAAGCUGAAUAUUCUGGCAUUGCUGAAAUUCCUAAAGGCUGUUCUCAAUACACCAAGAUCUCAGAUCAAGUCCUAACCUAUCCUGGCUCCCUUUCAAGUCUCAACAUAUUACGAAAAUAGAAAACCUGAUCAGCUGCUGUUUAAAAUUCAGUGUCAAAGCUACCAGCACAAAUAAUCAAAUACAUACUCUUUACAUCAUUUAAGUAAUGGCACAAAAUAGUGUUAUUUGUAGAAUUUCAAUUAUUUACAUACGGCACCAAAACAUUCCGUAGUGCUGUACCAUAGGAUACAAGACAAAUAUUUAAUUCUUACAAAAUGUGUAUGACAUACGGGAACAAAAGGCGAAGAGCUGACGAUUUCAUAAACAAUUAUUUAAAGAUAGCAACAACAAACAUAGCAUAUGCUCGGAUGUAAAAAAAAAAACAAAAUGCGCAAGUAAAAUCUUCUAACUCAGUGGUUCCCAAACCAGUCCUCAAGGCACCAUUACCACUCCAGGAUUUAGGGAUUACCCAGUUGUGUCAAAGGUGUUUUUAGAAAACGAAAAAAAACAAAAACACAACUGUAGCCCAUGGAUCAGCGCAGCUAGUGGAGUGGGCUUUGACAGAGCCAGGAGGUAGGCAUAACAGCCAAGGGAAGAUGAGUGACAGCUAGCAAGCUGUGGGGGGCGAAGCUACGAUGGGAUUAUUUAUACUGGCCAUUUUGGGAAAUGGCCAUCUUAACUAAAUGUAAACUUACCUGUUAGUUGUCCCUCCCACCCAUCCUGACUUUGGUUAGGUUAGAAAAUGUUCACGUUUUUUUCACAGCGGCGUGGAAUGGCCAGGUUAAAUCAGGGGGUACAUGCAGGAGGAAGUGGGCAUCUGGAGGUUUAUUUUGGAUUAGGCAGUGAUACCCUUGGUUGGUAGGUUCGAGCCCGUCAUUGGAACUUGUGGGUGUAGCGGUGUCUUGGUACAACCCUACAAUUUAAUCUGGUGGAAAUGUGGUCAUAUUGGAAGGCCAGUUUCUGUGUUAAUAUGUUAAUUAGAUUGUUAUUAUUGUGGGGUCAUUUCCUGGGGUAUGUUAUGUAUAUGGGGGGAUGUUGGCUUUAAUAAUAUUUGUUGGCAAUUACCCUAUUUGUUAUUCCUUAAUUAAUUAUUAAUAAAGCUGUGGACUAAUAUUUCCAACAGUAUAACCUGUGUCCAUGUCUUAAUGUGUUCAGGGUAAGGUUAGCGCAUAUGCUGGUAAAUCUGACUGUGCGCCUGUCAUGGGUAAUCCCUAAAUUCUGGACUGGUAGUGUGGUGGAAUCUCGGUAAAAAUAAAUUUAGUAGGCCGAGAUUACCACGUGGCAUGUGUACGUGCAUAUGCUGACGUAUCGAUCAGUUGGUUGCACGAGGCAAGAUACGAUCAGUAGUGUACGGAGCAUGUGCAAGAAUACAGGAUGUAGUAUUCCCCUCCUCCAUUGUGCUGGACAAGCCAUGCGGUCAAGCAGGAAGUUAAUUCUUAUUUGUAAUGAUUGGUCAAGAGAAUGUGCGGGUGGAGCUUAAUAUGGGAGGAGUUAUGUGCCUAUAUAGGGAGCCUGCACUAUUGUUCAGGGCUCAGAACUUGCUGUAUUUUUGGUGACAUUAGUCCCUCUGAGUCCCGAUCGGUGAUCCAAUAAAGAAUCUCUUCCUUCCUGAAGAAACCUGUGUCCAUCCCUCUGUGCUUUGCUUCCGUCAGUUUCUCCGGUAUCAUUUGGUGCAUUGGCCGGGAAGCUCAUCGUUCAACGGUAGCUGAGAGGCAGAGGCGUGAGACGGUCUAUCUUUGCCCACGUUCUCUACGGCUGCACCCCUGAACUUCUGCGUGGACCUCCCUUCGUCUCGGCGCCACUGGUCUGUUGUCCAGGAGAUCAUCGGCCUCUACGUAAGAAGUGCUGGGGUGUCCCCGUCGAUGAGUGUGAACUCAGGUUCAGGAACGAGGAGGUAAGACAACUGCUGUUUUAGACGGCAGACCCACUAGGGGUAUACCGAUUGUGCGGUAGGCCCAAAAGGGGUUUAAAUCUGUGUAUGGAAUCUGCCCCCUCUGUCGGAGGGAAGGAGCGAAGGCGCACCGCUCGAUCGAACGCUCUUUAGUAAGACCGUUUGAUCUGGUUAGUCAGGCGGGGUCCUGUGUAAAUAGCCCUAGCCGGACACCGGUGUCUUGUCUAGACUAGCGUUCUAGGGUGUAUAUUACGUUCGCUAGGUCGGAGGGACCGGGAGACUAAGCGGCGCCUGUGUAAAUUCGGUUCGCUAGCUCUCAACCUAUCUUGGCUAAGUGGGAAGGCGUGUAAAUUUGGAACCCACUAGACUUUUGAUAGAGUAAAUAGACUAGAAGGGCAAUUUUGUAAAUUUCGCCCUCUAGUUCGCUAUAUGUGGUGUUUGGGCAGUGUGGCUAACCAAAGCGGGUGUAUAUAGUUUUAGGUAGUCCAUUCAAGGUACUGGCCAAUAGUUUAGUUGGGAUUGUAAAUGUGUUAAAGAUUGUUAGUAAAGUGUAUAUCUUGUUAGAUAGCGCGAGCUCAGCCGUCUAGCGAGAGUGUUAAUAGUGUGUUGCUGUAUCAUAGUGCACGGUACCAUAACCCUGUAUAUUUACUGACACUGUAUAUAAGUACUAAUCAUUGUCGUCUAUUGCAUGUUUAACACCGUAACCACUAAUAAUUGUAUUGUGACCUUAAAUUGUGCUUUGACCUAUGCUAACCGUACUGUAACCGAUACUAGUAAAAGACGAUGUUACUGGGGUGUGUUAUAGACGGGUAAUUCAUAUAUAGAGAAUUAUAGCGUGGGUGACUGUAUAGUUUCGCCAAAGGGCAUAAUAUUGAUUAUUUAGUGACUGGUGUAACAGCUGUGUGUGUACGGGAAUUCCCUGAGUGAUUAUUGUGUUAUUGUGUACGUUUCACUCGGUAACUAUACCACGUGGUGCUGUUGCCAGAGGAAACGGGUGUGACUGUUGAAUAAGAACGCGUGCAUAGUAUUCGUUGUCAACGACGUUCCAUUGAUAAGUAUGGGCGCGUCAGAGUCAACGAUUUCGGAUCCCUUAGGUUGUAUGGUAAAGAAUUUUAAAAAGGGAUUCAAAACAUGUGAUUUUGGGGUUAAAAUGUCUCCUGUACGUUUGGUCACUUUGUGCACUAGGGAGUGGCCUAUUUUGGUUGCGGCAUGGCCGCCGCGUGGCAGUUUGGAUCCAACCCUGGUACAGCGUGUACACGUGGCUGUAUCAGGUAGGCCUGAACUUUACGGACAGUUUCCAUACAUUGAUUGUUGGAGGCAGGCCGUAAACGACUCGCCAAAAUGGAUCCGGAUAUGCCACGAGGAGCAAUGUCGCCUCAUGGUGGCCAGGACUUAUUUGUCCACUAGGACCGGUGUUAGGCCCAUUUUGGACACGCCCCCUGAGUCCGAGAUCCCUUUGCCGCCCCCUUACUUCCCUUUAAGAGGAAGUGACGCGAAUGCAGGAAGUUCUGCACCCCUUCCCCUAUUGCCCCCAUCCACUUCCGCUUCCUCCUCCAGUACAGAAUCCACCCCCCCUCGUAUUAAAACUCCCCUUCCUGAACCAGGACCAACCCCCAUUAGAUCUGAAUAUCCUGAUUUGGCGCCACUUCAAACUUCCGGUCAAGCUUCUUCUAGCUCGGCUCGGAGUAUACUAUUCACUAAUUUUUCCCAAAAUCAAGUUCCCACAUCCUCAUGCCCUAUUACCUCUCGACCGGAACCUUUAACUGACGCCCCUCCACGUAGCCCCAUACUAACCCGACAACUGACCGGUACCCAACAAUUAAAACAUUAUCAGAUGCCUCUUCGUCUGAAUCCUGGGUCAGCCUAUAUCGAUGCCGCAGGUCAAAUGGCACAUGCUGACCCAGUCUUCGUAUAUGUCCCGUUCACGACUACCGAUCUCUUGAAUUGGAAGACCCACAAUUCCUCGUACACUGAGAAACCACAAGCUAUGACCGAUCUGUUCACCUCGAUAGUUCAGACACAUAACCCGACAUGGGCUGAUUGCCAGCAGUUAUUAAUGACAUUGUUCAAUAAUGAGGAAAGGACAAGGAUUAACCAAGCGGCCAUUAAGGCGCUAGAGGAGAGAGCCCGUGCUUUAAAUCAAGCCAAUCCGGCAGCAUGGGCCGCAACACAUUACCCUAACACCGAUCCUGACUGGAAUGUAAAUGGCGCAGAUAUGGCUCAACUUAAAGCCUAUAGAGAUGCUAUAAUUGCUGGCAUGAAAGCCGGAGGGAAGAAAGCUAUUAACAUGUCGAAGACAGUUGAGGUGAUUCAGAAAAGUGAUGAAGCGCCCAGUGUCUUUUAUGACCGAUUAUUGGAGGCAUACCGCUUGUAUACCCCCUUUAAUCCGGAAGACGCUGAUAAUUCCCGAAUGGUAAACUCCGCCUUUGUCAGCCAAGCUUACGGAGAUAUUAAGCGCAAGCUACAGAAAUUAGAAGGGUUUGCAGGUAUGUCUAUCACCCAACUAAUGGAGGUAGCGAACAAAGUAUAUAUGAAUAGGGAAACAGAAAGUAAGAAAGAGGAAGAGCGCAAGAUGCGUAGAAAGGCAGAUAUGCUAGCGGUAGCGAUCGCAGGCGUAGAUAGACGGGGCCCAGAUAGAGGCGAUGGUAGAUGGAAUAGGGAGCCUUUGAGUAGGAAUCAGUGCGCGUACUGUAAGGAAGAAGGGCAUUGGAGGAACGAGUGUCCGCAAAGAGAGCAGUAUGAGAGAGACUUACCCAGGGCAGGUUACGGAAACUUUAGAGGCAGAGCGAGAGGUAGAGGAGGCCCCGGAGGGAGUAAUGGUAAUAGAGGGAGUAAUGGGAACAGAGGAAGUGUAAGGGAAGAUAGGUACUAUCCAGCAGCGCAAAGGUCCCGCGAUAGAGAAGGUAGGGACUUUGUGGGAUUGGCUGACACGGUCAUGGAGGACUAUUGAUACCGACCGGGCUCCAUCCCCCUUGGUCGAGCGGAGCCUAUGGUCGAUGUAUCAAUAGGGGGAAAAAGGAGUGCGUUUAUGAUCGACACUGGUGCUGAACAUUCGGUGGUGACUAAUCAAGUUGCUCCUCCAUCUGGAAGAACUAUUACUGUAAUAGGAGCAACUGGAAGAAGUGCUGAAAAACCGGUUCUUAAAAGUCGACUCUGUACAUUGGGAGGCCACGUAGUAAAACAUCAAUUCCUUUAUAUGCCUGAGUGUCCAGUCCAAUUGCUGGGACGUGAUAUGCUAUCCAAAUUACAAGCGCAGAUUACGUUCCUACCAAAUGGAACAACAUCCUUAAAGUUUAAUGGACCCUCAGGUAUUAUGACAUUGUCCGUACCAAAGGAAGAAGAGUGGCGACUUUAUACAGUGUUGACUAGCCAAAACCCGAGGAGUGAUGAAUCCUUAUUUAACAUACCAGGAGUUUGGGCAGAGAACAACCCACCAGGACUCGCCCGUAAUAUUCCACCUAUUAAAAUCGAACUAAAACUUGGGGUUUAUCCAGUAAGCCUGAGACAAUAUCAUAUUCCGCAGAAGGCUAAGAAGAACAUCCAAUCUUAUCUGGAUAAGUUUAUCCCCCAAUUCAUAGUUACCACCCAGGCGACCAAGUGUGGAUUAAAGAGUGGAAUAAUGUGCCGUUAGGGCCCAAGUGGAGAGGUCCUUAUGUUGUUCUUCUGUCUACCCCUACAGCGAUAAAAGUAGCCGAAGUGGCUCCGUGGAUACAUCACUCCAGGGUUAAACCAGCAGCAGCCGAUUCCUGGCAAGUUACAGCAAAUCCAGAGAAUCCCUGCAAGAUCCGGUUAAAACGCACGACUCAGUCGGAGUGACGAGGAACCUUGUGGAUUACAAAUUUUAUUGUUUCAGAGACUUGGUAAGUGAGUGAGAAGGCCAUAAUAAAGCCUGUCCACUCACCAACGAGUGUAUAAGUCAGGGAAAGUCUUGAGGGACCCCUGUGAAGACGAGCAGAACUCCAUUCCCUGCAGCCCUUACAUCCUGGAAGCUGAGGUGCCUUCGCACGGACGAAGACUGAGGAUGACGACGAAAGAUGUAUUUUUAAUAAUGUUUAUUUAUGUGUAUUUUUAUAUUCAGGAAGGUAGAGGUACCGACACUCCUAGCUGUGAGGUAUGCAUUAAGACUACAAGAACAGGUAACCAUAUAUCCCAGACCCUAAUUUGGCAUUCGCAAUAUGAGUGUAAAGGAGAUGUAUCAAGAUGUAGAUACUUAAAUAUAGAAUAUAGUGUGUGUCAUUUAGGAGUAGGAGAACCUAAGUGCUUCAGUCCUGAGUAUCAACCCCGUACAAUUUGGUUGACUCUCAGAAAUGGAGAUCUCAGGGGACCCUAAUUAAUAAGACGGUAUUAAAAUCCGUAUAUUCUUCAGGUGCUCUGCUAUUUGAUGCGUGUAAAGCAAUAUCAAGUGGUAGAAAGCCGUGGAAUGUAUGUGGGGAUCUUAGAUGGGAGAGGACGUAUGGGUCUAACGAUAAAUAUAUUUGUCCCAGUAGUAAAAAUAAAUAUGUAAGUCCAAGAUGCCCAAAUAGAGAUUAUAACUUCUGCCCAUAUUGGUCUUGUGUGGGGUGGGCGACUUGGGGACAGACAGUAGACAAGGACAUGAUUGUGACUAAGUUGCCUACUGAUCCAUAUUGUAAGUCUAUGGAAUGCAAUCCAAUCCAUAUACUUAUAAAUAACCCUGACAAGUUCUUAGAUAAAUAUGGUAAUUUAUUUGGGUUUCAAAUAUAUGGGACGGGUUUAGACCCUGGGACAAUAUUGUUUAUAGGGAUAGAGACUGAUACGGUAACCUCCCAAACUCAUCAAGUAUACCAUUCCUUUUAUGAAGAGAUGAGCAUAGAUAAUAAGAUCCCCCAUAAUGCUAAAAACUUGUUCAUUGAUUUAGCCGAAAGUAUUGCCGGUAGUCUUAAUGUUACCAACUGCUAUGUGUGUGGAGGUACUAACAUGGGAGACCAAUGGCCUUGGGAAGCAAAGGAGGUAAUGUCCGGUUCUGAGGCAGUUGACCAAUUAAUAUCUACACAAGCCGACUAUCAUAUGAGUGUUAGAGGUAAAUCUGAGUGGAGAUUGAAGACCUCCAUCAUAGGUUAUGUUUGCAUAGCGAGGAAAGGAAUGAUGUAUAAUACUUCUGUAGGAGAAUUAACUUGUCUAGGGCAAAAAGCUUAUGAUGAUGAUACAAAGAAUACAACUUGGUGGUCGGCUUCAAAUAUCUCAGAACCAUCUAACCCGUUUGCAAGAUAUGCCAAUUUAAAGGACGUAUGGUUUGAUCUAUCCAUCACAUCUAACUGGAGAGCCCCAGCGAAUUUGUACUGGAUCUGUGGUAAGAAGGCCUAUUCGGAGUUACCACAGGACUGGGAAGGGGCAUGUGUGUUGGGUAUGUUAAAACCAUCCUUCUUCUUGUUGCCUAUUGAAACAGGUGAGACUUUAGGUGUUAAAGUGUAUGAUGUGAAUCAUAGGAAGAAAAGGGGACCCAUAGAGAUAGGUGCCUGGGAAGAUAAUGAAUGGCCUCCCCAGCGUAUUAUAGAUUAUUAUGGGCCAGCCACGUGGGCAGAGGAUGGUACCUUUGGUUAUAGAAACCCUAUUUAUAUGCUCAACCGCAUUAUAAGGUUACAGGCGGUGGUUGAGAUCAUUACUAACGAGACAUCACAAGCGCUCAAUCUUCUAGCGAAGCAUAAUACCAGGAUGAGAACAGCAGUUUACCAAAAUAGAUUAGCCUUGGAUUAUCUUUUGGCAGUAGAGGGAGGUGUAUGUGGGAAGUUUAACCUGAGCAAUUGCUGUCUUCAAAUAGAUGACGAAGGGCAAGCAAUAGCUGAGCUUACUAGCCAUAUGGUUAAACUAGCGCAUGUGCCUACUCAGGUAUGGAAAGGGUACAAUCCAAGUAGUUGGUUUGGUAGCUGGUAUGAGUGGUUUGGAGGGCUUAAGGCAGUGGUAGGUGGAGUCCUACUGAUUUUAAUGUUGUGUCUACUCCUGCCGUGUCUUAUACCCUUAGUAGUUAGGUCUGUGCAAAGCCUGAUAGAAAAUAUAGCAGAGAGGAAGGCUGCUGCACAGAUAAUGGCAAUUUAUAAAUAUAAGGCUCUAGAUCAGGGAGAACCAAUGCAGGAAGACGAGUGUUGAAGAUUCACAUCAUAGGAUAAGUCUGGUCUGGUUCAAAGGUAACUUGUGGUGUAUGCAAACCAAGGUUAAGUGAUGCCUCAAGUAAUUGUAAAAUAUCAAGAGGCAUCAAAGGGGGGAAUGUGGUGGAAUCUCGGUAAAAAUAAAUUUAGUAGGCCGAGAUUACCACGUGGCAUGUGUACGUGCAUAUGCUGACGUAUCGAUCAGUUGGUUGCACGAGGCAAGAUACGAUCAGUAGUGUACGGAGCAUGUGCAAGAAUACAGGAUGUAGUAUUCCCCUCCUCCAUUGUGCUGGACAAGCCAUGCGGUCAAGCAGGAAGUUAAUUCUUAUUUGUAAUGAUUGGUCAAGAGAAUGUGCGGGUGGAGCUUAAUAUGGGAGGAGUUAUGUGCCUAUAUAGGGAGCCUGCACUAUUGUUCAGGGCUCAGAACUUGCUGUAUUUUUGGUGACAUUAGUCCCUCUGAGUCCCGAUCGGUGAUCCAAUAAAGAAUCUCUUCCUUCCUGAAGAAACCUGUGUCCAUCCCUCUGUGCUUUGCUUCCGUCAGUUUCUCCGGUAUCAGUAGGGGUGUCUUGAAAACUGGUUUGGGAACCACUGUUAUAACAUAAAGAAUAAGAUAAAACAUACAGGUAAUGUCUGAUCGUUAAACCAAAAAGGAACCAUAUAAUAUGAAGUACCCAUUGUAUAACAUGAUAUUCCUUGCUAAUAUGGGCUAACAACCUGUCUCGUGUGCAAUAGUGUUUUUUAUGGAAAUCUAACUAAAAUAUUAGAAAUGAUGGUACUUGUUUUUAACCCCUUAAGGACCAAACCAAACCUAACCUAGCUGCCUGUUGCCUGACACAUGUUUCGGCACUACUGAACGCGCCUUCUUCUGCGGCUACACGAAAUCAUUAAAAGCUAUGUUUUAUAUAUACAGAGUUUAAUUAAGGGACUUCCUAUUUCCUUGACCCACCGGGUCUCCUUUUCUCUUUGUACACACAUAUGUCAGGGUUACCCCCUUUAUGGUCGGCCCUGACACACAUUUAGCUUGUUCCCUUAGAGGCUUCUAGCUAUCUGUUUUUCAAAACUUAACUCUGUUGCUCCCAAAACCCCUAUUUUGCACCCCAAAACCCCCUCUGUUGUAGCCCCAAACUCUGUUGCUCAGUGUCUCCAUCUAGUGGGCAGAUGUCUAGUGAACAGACACCUGUAAUUACCAAUGGUUAAAGCAGAAUAUGGCUGUGAUUGGUUUGUGAUGUCCUAUCAUGUCUCAGUAUGUCAAUUUUAAGAGAGAGAGCUCUGUGUUCCAACAUACUACAAUGGCUUAGCUUUAUUGAUAUGGGGAAAUGUUAGAUUGUUUUACACUUGAUAUUAAUUCUUUUACAAUUAGUAGUGUAUUGUAUUACAUUUAUAUACAUUUUAUCUUUCUAUUAUCUAUUGUGUCUGUUCUAUUAUCUCUAUAUAUCUCUUUUGUAGAUUCAUUAAUCAGAACACACAAUGUCCCUGUACAGCUUUGGGAUUGACCCCAUAUCAUGUCAUGCUUGGAACAAAGAUAGGACACGUAAGUAAAUUGCAUUUCAAAGUAAUUAUUGUGCUGCCUAUAAUGGGGUACAGCCUAUAUUUACAGUUUAUACUUGUAGUCAUAAGGCAUAUGACCGAAUUUGCCAGGACAGUCCCACGUUUCAUGCUUCGUCCCCUGCAAAAAUGAAUCCCAGUACCUGUCCUGCAUUCCAGGGGGGACUACCACUAGUGCAGUAUGUAUAGCCAACCAAGGGCCCAAAGCAAGUUGGUCAAAAUAUGUGUUUAUUUUUUUUUGUGUGUCAGUUUGCCAGUGUUUGUGUAUCUGUGCAUGUGUGUCAUUGUGUAUAUCUGUGUGUGUCUCUGUACAUCAGUUUAAGUGUAUCUGUGUGUGUGUGUGUGUGUGUGUGUGUGUGUGUCUUUGCUUUUCUGGAAUUUUUUUUAAAUGUUGGCAGCUAGGAUGAGGUUCGACAUGUACUAUAUGUAGGGGUGGAUUACAUUUACUCAUUUGUUUUAAAAAAAAGUUCAACCUUCAAUUAUAUAGGUGCUACCAAUACUUACACUGCUUGCAUUUUUCAGGUGUGGACUGCAUUCACACAUGUGCUUUUUAUAUUUAUGCACACACCUUUGUGAAUUGGCUUGGCAUAUAUUUAUGUAUGUACUGCCUAUUUACCUACAGGAUUGAUUGUGCUGUUGGCACAGAAUUCUAGAAGGGAAGGUAAACAGUAUACAGACAGCAAUUUAAAAGCCGAUGUUCAAGUAGCUGGAUAACAAAAGCACCAGCAGACAAAACAGAGACAGAUUCUAAAUCCACAGUCAAAGACGCGUAUAUAACAGGAUCACUAGCCUGUUCCUUUUUACAUAAUCACUUUAAUAAGUAUGGUUAUGAAUGUAUGGUUAUGAAUAAAAUAAACCAACACGGUAGCCUUAAGGGCAAGUGGUAGUUUUGCCAACUGUAUAAACACAAACUUUUGUUGUCUUUUAUAAAUAACUCACAUUUCAUUUUUCUUGUACAGAAAUUGCCAUUAGUCCAAAUAACCACGCUGUUCAAAUUUACCAGAAAGUGGAUACUGAGUGGAAAAAAAUUCACGAACUCUCAGAACACAAUGGGAGGGUCACAGGUGGGUAACCAAACCAGUUUAAAUGACUCCAGUGGCCUUCGGACGUUGGCCUUAUGUCUAUAAUAAUUUAAAUGAAUUUAUUUCAGCUGCCUGUAACGUUUGCUUUUUUUCUGCUCAGCUAGUGUAACUCUUUUUACCCCGCGUCAAAGUCAAAAUCUGCCGAACAAAUUAAUGGCCUGCCCUGAUCUUUCUCUUUCUUUUCCUAACUUGGCCAAUCAGGUUCUAUCGAAGGGGAAAGGUAACAGGUAAAUCCCAUGAAAAAUUAAAUACGACAGCUCUCAGCUGAUACCCUACAUUCUAAUAAAUAUACGUCGUUAUAUUAAUCUAUAAUUAUCAGUAUGUAGGUUUAAUUAGAAUAUGGAAUUAUGGGUUGUAAUAUUUGGGGAUUAGCUGGGUGCUCAAAAAUAAUUAUAAUUAUAUAUAUGUGUGAAACUAGUGUUAAUCAAUCUAAUAUAACGAGAAAGCCAGCAAACAUGACAAAACAGAAACUUGUGCUUAAAGGGAAACUUUAAGAUAAAAAAAAUAUAUAUAACCCCUUAUUUUUAAUGUAGUAUAAAGAUAACAUAUUAAAAACAUAAUGCAAAUAAAUGUAAAAAAAACUUAGAAGUUACUUGGUGCACUGCUCAGUGUGUCUGCUGCAGAUUCCCGCAUCAGAAAGAGCCUCUAUUUCUGUAAACUCGGCACAGCAGUCAUUUAUGGGAUACAUAGGGUAUGCCUAGGCGCAGUUAGACCCAUCACUGAGUUGAACCGCUUUGUAAACUGAUAGCAGCCGUACUGAGGGGUUUACUGUUCAGAGAAGACUUGUGUUGUGCUGAGUGGCUCACAAUCAUGGUAGGAGAAGCUCAGCCAAUGCUGUGUGUACAGCACCCAGACACCACGUACAAGACAACCGAUUUCACAAAUCAUGGCAGUUCUAAGCCACUCUCAGACCUGUGCCUGUGUUUUACGCCUCAUCAGCUUUGGAAUUAUGCAAACUUGCUAAAGUGACCCUUUAGUUUAUAAAACAAAUAUAAUUUUAUUCAUUUAUCUUUGAUUUUAAAGAAGGAAAAAUACUGUAUUGCAUUUUGUUUCCUCUGGACUAUAUAGAAAUAAAAAUGUUUGUGUGAGGUUGUUAAAGACAAACAUUAACAUUUACUCUAUAUGUUUUUUUAAUUCUUCAUUCUUAUCCAAUGGAAAUGCAUUUUUUAUGCUAUAAUGGAGAAAUGUAAUGAGCACCGAAUAUUUUGUAGGUAUUGAUUGGGCGCCCAACUCUAACCGCAUCGUGACCUGCGCUGCGGACAGAAACGCUUAUGUGUGGUCGCUAAGAGAUGGAGUGUGGAAACCAACGCUAGUACUUCUGCGCAUUAACCGUGCCGCGACUUGCGUCAAGUGGUCACCGCAGGAGAACAAGAUUGCAGUAGGGAGCGGCUCCCAGACUAUCUCCAUCUGUUAUUUUGAGAAAGAAAAUGACUGGUGAGUGAGUUGACUUAUUGUGACUGAUUAUGUCACAAGACAGGAUUGCCAGAACUUUAUCCAGGGCAUGGGAAAGGAAAUAUUUCAUUACAUGUCUCCGGCUCUCUCCAGGAACAUCACAAUUCAAUCAGCAAUUAUUUUUAGGGGAUGUAUUAUGUCAUAAAGUAGGCAAAGAAUGCAUACAGUAACUGUGGGCAAGUUUAGGCUCUCAGUAACAGGCCAGAAUAGGGAUACCAAGUCGGAUGGUUCAGAACUUUGUUAAUCAUGGUAGUUACCAUAACUGGCUGAGCUUAAUAAAUAAUGCAGUUCACAAACAUCUGGUGUACCAAGGAUAGCUAUCACUGGGUUAGGAAGUGUUUAAAGGGAGCCAUCAUUGGGUUAGAGGAAGUGUUUAAAGACAGCCAUCACUGGGUUAGAGGAAGUGUUUAAAUGAAGACAUCACUGGGUUAGGGGAAGUGUUUAAAAACAGCCAUCACUGGGUUAGAGGAAGUAUUUAGAGGGAGCCAUCACUGGGUUAGAGGAAGUGUUUAAAUGGAGCCAUCACUGGAUUAGAGAAAGUGUUUAAAGGGAGCCAAAACUGGGUUAGGGGAAGUGUUUAAAGGCAGCAAUCACUGGGUUAGAGGAAGUAUUUAGAGGGAGCCAUCACUGGGUUAGAGUAAGUGUUUAAAUGGAGCCAUCACUGGGUUAGAGGAAGUAUUUAAAUGGAGCCAUCACCGGGUUAGAGGAAGUGUUUAAAGGGAGCCAUCACUGGGUUAGGGGAAGUGUUUAAAGGCAGCAAUCACUGGGUUAGAGGAAGUGUUUAGAGGGAGCCAUCACUGGGUUAGAGGAAGUGUUUAAAUGGAGCCAUCACUGGGUUAGAGGAAGUGUUUAAAUGGAGCCAUCACUGGGUUAGAGGAAGUGUUUAAAGGGAGCCAUCACUGGGUUAGCAGAAGUGUUUCAAGGAAGCCAUCACUGGGUUAGAGGAAGUGUUUAAAGGGAGCCAACACUGGGUUAGAGGAAGUGUUUAAAGGGAGCCAUCACUGGGUUAGAGGAAGGGGUUAAAGAGAGCAAUCACUGGGUUAGAGGAAGUGUUUAAAUGAAGCCAUCACUGUGUUAGAGGAAGUGUUUAAAUAAAGUCAUCACUGGGUUAGCGGAAGUGUUUAAAGGAAGCCAUCACUGGGUUAGAGGAAGUGUUUAAAGGAAGCCAUCACAGGGUUAGAGGAAGUGUUUAAAGGAAGCCAUCACUGGGUUAGCGGAAGUGUUUAAAGAGAGCCAUCACUGGGUUAGAGGAAGUGUUUAAAGGAAGCCAUCACUGGGUUAGAGGAAGUGUUUAAAGGAAGCCAUCACUGGGUUAGAGGAAGUGUUUAAAGAGAGCCAUCACUGGGUUAGGGGGAGUGUUUAAAGGCAGCAAUCACUGGGUUAGAGGAAGUAUUUAGAGGGAGCCAUCACUGGGUUAGAGGAAGUGUUUAAAUGGAGCCAUCACUGGGUUAGAGGAAGUGUUUAAAGGGAGCCAUCACUGGGUUAGAGGAAUGGCGCUUAAAAAUGGUGCUGACCGCGUGGUCGCGUCCAUCUCUAGCUCUGCCCCCGAAAAUUAUAAUAAUGUGCGCGUGACGUCACGACGUCAACGCACACGCACGUUUUGGGGUCAGAGGUUGCCCUCUGACCAAUCAGAGCAUAGAGAGGAAUAUUUAAAUCCCUAGCUCUGUUGUGGUUUCCUGUUCCUGGUUUCCUGAGAGUGCUUUAUCUUUGUGAAUCUGAUUCCCUGGUAUCCUGAUCUUGGCUUUUCCCUGGUUAUUCUGAAAUCUGGUUUCCCUGACUUGGCUUGUGUAAACGGUAUUGUGUAUUUUCUGGCUUCCUUGACCUCAGCUUUUCCUUUGACCAUUCUCUGUCUCUAGCGUAUUAGUCCGGCCAUUCUAAGGUCCGGUUUACGCUCUGUCCUUUUAUUUUCCUUUUCCUUCUUAUGUAUAUGUUUACAUAGUUUCUGCGUGCUGGACCACACUAGUAGUCGUGACAGUUAGAAGAAGUGUUUAGAGGGAGUGACCAUUGGGUAAGAGGAAGUGUUUAAAGGCAGCAAUCACUGGGUUAGAGGAAGUAUUUAGAGCGAGCCAUCACUGGGUUAGAGUAAGUGUCUAAAGGGAGCCAUCAUUGGGUUAGAGGAAGUGUUUAAAGAGAGCAAUCACUGGGUUAGAGGAAGUGUUUAAAGGCAGCCAUCACUGGGUUAGAGGAAGUGUUUAAAGGAAGCAAUCAUUAGGUUAGAGGAAGUGUUUAAAGGGAGCCAUCACUGGGUUAGCAGAAGUGUUUCAAGGAAGCCAUCACUGGGUUAGAGGAAGUGUUUAAAGGGAGCCAACACUGGGUUAGAGGAAGUGUUUAAAGGGAGCCAUCACUGGGUUAGAGGAAGGGGUUAAAGAGAGCAAUCACUGGGUUAGAGGAAGUGUUUAAAUGAAGCCAUCACUGGGUUAGAGGAAGUGUUUAAAUAAAGUCAUCACUGGGUUAGCGGAAGUGUUUAAAGGAAGCCAUCACUGGGUUAGAGGAAGUGUUUAAAGGGAGCCAUCACUGGGUUAGCGGAAGUGUUUAAAGAGAGCCAUCACUGGGUUAGAGGAAGUGUUUAAAGGAAGCCAUCACUGGGUUAGAGGAAGUGUUUAAAGGAAGCCAUCACUGGGUUAGAGGAAGUGUUUAAAGGAAGCCAUCACUGGGUUAGAGGAAGUGUUUAAAGAGAGCCAUCACUGGGUUAGAGGAAAUGUUUAAUGGGAGCCAUCACUGGGUUAGAGGAAGUGUUUAGGGGAACCCAUCACCAAUAUAUUUAACAAUUAUGUGUUUGUGAGGUCUGAAAAAGAAAAUUAAAUAUAGAAGCUCACACUUCCAUGCCUCCAUCUAGACAUAUCCCAGUAAGAAAUCCACACUACUAUAGGAUACUGUUAAAUUCAAUGCUCAAACUGCUAGCAGCUUGGAUCAAACAUUUUUUUAACUAAAACCACCCAGGAUCCCUGACUAUUUCUUGAAAGUUACCGGCCAUGGACACGUUUUCAAUAGCAGGUGCAAGCUGUCGCUAUUAAAAACAGCUGGAAAUUAGUAAAUAAUAUUUACCAACAAUUUUCCCAACUUUAUGUUACUUUUUACGCCAAUAACGUCGCUCACAAGAUACCGACCACUUGGAGAUUAGCAGCUUGCUGGUAAAACGCAGAAACAGGCACAGUGUAAGUUGUCACCCUGAGCAUGUCACUACAUGAUGGUCUCAACCAGAGACUGCAACAAUGUAUUAAGCUAUGUUUUUGUACCGUGCUAGAUGCAGAUCUAUAUAAUUUCUGCUACGAGAAUUGUUCAUUUAAAUAAAACACGCACUUUAUUAUAAGAAAAAAAAUAACUUUAUUUUUUACAUCAUGCAUCUGGCCUUUUCAUUUAAUUUAAUACACAUUGAAACGGUUUACUAUGCUCUAAGUGGUUUAGAGUUUCAAUGUAGUGCCAUAUAUUUAAUAUGUGUUUUUUAUGAAGAUGUAUAUUUAACUGUCAAUUAAAUAGACACUAUAGUCACCAAAAUAUGUUUUGCUUAAUAAAGCAGUAUUGGUGUAUAGAUCAUACCCAUGCAGUCUCACUUUGUUUAUGCAGCCGUAGCCACACCUCCCUGCAUGUGACUUAUGCAGCCUUCCUAAACACUUCCUGCCAAGAGUUAUCUAAUGUUUACACUUCCUUCACUGUACAUUGUGUUUAAUUUAGAAUUUCUUACCCCAUGCUCUGUUAAUAGCUUGCUAGCUCUGGCAGGAGCCUUGUACAUGUGAUUAAAGUUAUAUUUACACAGCAGGAGAUAAAAACUUUUUAAGUGAGUUAACAACUGAUUGAAAAUUAAACCAUUUUUUUAAUGCAGCCUGUGUCAGUCACAGCCAGGGCCUGUUUAUACUAGGACUGCAUAAACAGAAACAAAGGUAAUUUAACGCCUAAAUGGCAGAUAAUAGAGCAGUGAGACUGCAGGGGCAUGAUCUAUACACCCAAACUGCUUCAUUAAGCUAAAGUUGUUUUGAUGACUACAGGGAGUGCAGAAUUAUUAGGCAAGUUGUAUUUUUGAGGAUUAAUUUUAUUAUUGAACAACAACCAUGUUCUCAAUGAACCCAAAAAACUCAUUAAUAUCAAAGCUGAAUAUUUUUGGAAGUAGUUUUUAGUUUGUUUUUAGUUAUAGCUAUGUUAGGGGGAUAUUUGUGUGUGCAGGUGACUAUUACUGUGCAUAAUUAUUAGGCAACUUAACAAAAACAAAUAUAUACCCAUUUCAAUUAUUUAUUAUUACCAGUGAAACCAAUAUAACAUCUCAACAUUCAAAAAUAUACAUUUCUGACAUUCAAAAACAAAACAAAAACAAAUCAGUGACCAAUAUAGCUACCUUUCUUUGCAAGGACACUCAAAAGCCUGCCAUCCAUGGAUUCUGUCAGUGUUUUGAUCUGUUCACCAUCAACAUUGCGUGCAGCAGCAACCACAGCCUCCCAGACACCGUUCAGAGAGGUGUACUGUUUUCCCUCCUUGUAAAUCUCACAUUUGAUGAUGGACCACAGGUUCUCAAUGGGGUUCAGAUCAGGUGAACAAGGAGGCCAUGUCAUUAGAUUUUCUUCUUUAUACCCUUUCUUGCCAGCCACGCUGUGGAGUACUUGGACGCGUGUGAUGGAGCAUUGUCCUGCAUGAAAAUCAUGUUUUUCUUGAACGAUGCAGACUUCUUCCUGUACCACUGCUUGAAGAAGGUGUCUUCCAGGAACUGGCAGUAGGACUGGGAGUUGAGCUUGACUCCAUCCUCAACCCGAAAAGGCCCUACAAGCUCAUCUUUGAUGAUACCAGCCCAAACCAGUACUCCACCUCCACCUUGCUGGCGCCUGAGUCGGACUGGAGCUCUCUGCCCUUUACCAAUCCAGCCACGGGCCCAUCCAUCUGGCCCAUCAAGACUCACUCUCAUUCCAUCAGUCCAUAAAACCUUAGAAAAAUCAGUCUUGAGAUAUUUCUUGGCCCAGUCUUGACGUUUCAGCUUGUGUGUCUUGUUCAGUGGUGGUCGUCUUUCAGCCUUUCUUACCUUGGCCAUGUGUCUGAGUAUUGCACACCUUGUGCUUUUGGGCACUCCAGUGAUGUUGCAGCUCUGAAAUAUGGCCAAACUGGUGGCAAGUGGCAUCGUGGCAGCUGCACGCUUGACUUUUCUCAGUUGAUGGGCAGUUAUUUUGCGCCUUGGUUUUUCCACACGCUUCUUGCGACCCUGUUGACUAUUUUGAAUGAAACGCUUGAUUGUUCGAUGAUCACGCUUCAGAAGCUUUGCAAUUUUAAGAGUGCUGCAUCCCUCUGCAAGAUAUCUCACUAUUUUUGACUUUUCUGAGCCUGUCAAGUCCUUCUUUUGACCCAUUUUGCCAAAGGAAAGGAAGUUGCCUAAUAAUUAUGCACACCUGAUAUAGGGUGUUGAUGUCAUUAGACCACACCCCUUCUCAUUACAGAGAUGCACAUCACCUAAUAUGCUUAAUUGGUAGUAGGCUUUCGAGCCUAUACAGCUUGGAGUAAGACAACAUGCAUAAAGAGGAUGAUGUGGUCAAAAUACUAAUUUGCCUAAUAAUUCUGCACUCCCUGUAUAGUGGCCCUUCAACUUCAGUCAAUCAAUCCAGACGAUUUAAGUUUUUUGGGUUAGCAGCAGCCAAUAAUAAGAAGCAACUGGGUUGGAAACAGAACUGGUUGCUAAGUAGAUGUUAGCGACUCCUAGAGAGAAUAAUAGGAGCUGUUAACUUCUACUUAGUGAGGGGCUUUCAGAUGCGGCAGCCGGUAACACUGUCAUUAAAGGACCACUAUAGUGCCAGGAAAACAUACUCGUUUUCCUGGCACUAUAGUGCCCUGAGGGUGCCCCCACCCUCAGGGUCCCCCUCCUGCCCGGCUCUGGAAGGGGGAAAGGGGGAAAAACUUACCUUUUUCCAGCGCUGGGCGGGGAGCUCUCUGCCUCUUCUCCUCCUCUUCUCCUCCCCGUCGGCUGAAUGCGCACGCGCGGCAAGAGCUGCGCGCGCAUUCAGCCUGUCACAUAGGAAAGCAUUCAUAAUGCUUUCCUAUGGACGCUGGCGUGCUCUCACUGUGAAAAUCACAGUGAGAAGCACGCAAGCGCCUCUAGCGGCUGUCAAUGAGACAGGCACUAGAGGAUUAGGGGGAAGGCUUAACCCAUUCAUAAACAUAGCAGUUUCUCUGAAACUGCUAUGUUUAUGAAAAAAUGGGUUAACCCUAGCUGGACCAGGCACCCAGACCACUUCAUUAAGCUCAAGUGGUCUGGGUGCCUAGAGUGGUCCUUUAAUCGUGAAAGUAGCUGCUACAAAAAGUAGCAACAGACUUUAGCGAGCAGCGGUAGAGAGACUUUACUAUCUCAUUGAAUUUUUUUCCCUCCAGGUGGCUGAGUAAGCACAUCAAAAAGUCAAUCAAGUCUACCAUACUAGGUCUAGCGUGGCACCCCAACAAUGUACUCCUUGCUGCGGGGAGCAGCGAUUUCCAGUGCAGGUAAAAUACAUUUCACAGGAUUGUGUCAGAUACAUGUGGUCAUAUAAUGUUGUCCGUUCUACUAUAAGCAAAUAAAGAAAUUCUGGCAUCACAGUUAAUUACUGAUGCUCUUUCUGUCAUGGGGUAAUUUGCAGAAAUGAUAGGAGAUGCAUUGAAUAGUAUUUCAUUGGAAGCCAUGAUAUAUAAAAGCUGGUGUAUAUCUAUAAUAGUAUUACAGUAGAACUAACAAUGUAAAACAGUUAAAACAUUUUGGAUGUGAUGAGAAAAAUCCCAAGUCUCUGGGGAGUAGAUGGAAUACUCAGUUAGAGAAGCAUGUUUUUACAGUAUAUUAUUCUCUUGCAUAAUGUAUGUGGGGUUUUGCACAGAAUUUUUUCAGCAUACGUGAAAGAAAUCGAAGACAAGCCAAGUGCAACACUGUGGGGUACAAAGAUGCCGUUUGGAGAGCUCUUGUAUGAAAGAGGGGAGAAAGGUGGUUGGGUGCACAGUGUUUGUUUCUCUCCGAGCGGGCAAUACCUUGCAUGGGUCGACCAUAACAGCUCAGUCAACGUGGCAGACUCAACGCAAGACAAAAUGUAAGUAACAAAUCAGUCAGAAGCCUCUUUGCAAACAUUGAGGCUAUUCAAUAAACCAAGAGUUCAAUAGGAAAGUGCAAACUGAGAUCCAAAUUACCCAAAUUGUAAAAAUAGCUUAGUUGACGAAUUCUGCUAUUUUGUGAUAAAAUCAAUCGCCGAUUCUUCACAAUUUUUAGUUUAGAAAAAAUAUUUUCCUACACACUGUACACACUGUAAGGGUGUAUUUAGGAAACAUUUAGAUCAAAAACACGUUACAUAGUUACAUAGCUGAAAAGAGACUUGCGUCCCUCAAGUUCAGCCUUCCUCACACAUGUUUUUGCUGUUGAUCCAAAAGAAGGCAAAAAACCUGGUCUGAAGUGCUUCCAAUUUUGCAACAAACUAGGAAAAAAAUCCUUAUUGACCCCAAAAUGGCAGUCAGAUGUCUCCUUGGAUCAAGCAGCUAUUACCCCACUAAUUAGAAAUGAUAUCCCUGAAUGUUAUGUUUUUGCAAGUACUUAUCCAAUUGCAGUUUAAACAUACGCUCUUACUGUAAAAAAAAAAACCUUCCUUUGCCUUAGAUGAAAAAUCCUUUCUUCCAGCCUAGAUGUGUGUCCUCGUGUCCUAUGUAUAGCCCUGUUUAUGAAUAGAUUUUCAGAUAAUGGUUUGUACUGGCCCCAAAUAUAUUUCUAUAAUGUUUUUUUAUAAUGUUUUUUUGUUUGUUUAUUUUUUUAGAGUGAGGACAAUUUCAGAUUGCAAAAAAUGAUAUCAACAAAUAACUAGAAUGGUGUCACAUUUCAAAGAAAAUUGCACAUUAACUUCCCAGCUAUUUAAAAUACAAAACAAGAUGUAGAAGAGAAGUAUAAAAAGAUGGAAGUAAGCCAGGGAAAACAGAAAAUGAGAACAUUAUAGACUAGUUACAAUUACUUAGUUUUCUUUUUUCAGUAUAAAACAGUCACCUACAAACUACAUCAAACAUCACGUUGCUUAUUUCUCUUCUACCACCCCUACUGGGAAACUAUUCUUUGCAAAGGCCACUCUUUCGAGCAGUGCUAGUUAACUUUGGCUGGUUGAGCAGCAUGUAAAAUUCAGAUUGAAUACAAAGAGAAUUUAAAAUCGGAAAUAUUUUCUAAGUAAGCUGUUUUUUUAUUUGAGUUAUCUGAGGUUCACUUUUAAUUUGGUUUGAAUCCCCAACAAGCCACAAAAUUAAUUUGAAUAACAAUGACCGACUUUUUAAAACACCAUUAAAUGUUUACACUUAUGAAGUUAUUUUCAGACCUGAGUAAGCCCCCGUUGCAGUCACACGGGCAGCGGGUAGCUCCUUUCCAUAACACAGGCCUGACCUCAGGGUAAAUUAGGUGCAAAGUGACAUGCAAGACCCAAAUACUGUCCCUUGGCAGUGCACUUGAAGUUCUGCUAUGGGACAUUAAGUGGAGUGUUUCCUGUCCUCUCAAAGUGGAUGUAAAUCUGUCUGUCCCAGUGCACCUGUUCAGAGCUGUUUCCUGUCUGUUUCAGAUUGACUGAAAUGAAGACGGACUUGUUGCCCUUCCUGAGUGUGCUAUUUGUGAAUGAAACCCGGCUUGUCGCUGCUGUAAGUUUAUAAUUUUGUUGUUGUUUCUAUUUUGAAAUCAUACAGAAAGCUCCCUCGCUCAUCUCCGCAAGACCAAUAGUCCAUAGCUAGAAAGAUAUGUUAAAGCUAUAUAGUUCUCUGGGCCAACGUAACUGUUUAAUUUAGACAUUCGCUCACAAUUUCCUAAUUAUAAAAUUUGCCAAAAUGAUAAGGGUUGCAGACGUUUUCAGCUAAACUCAAGAUAGAUGGAUCUCCAUAAAUUUAAAGUCAGCAGGCAGGGUCUAUCUGGUGAGUUUGGUUUUAAAAUCUUCUGGACUUUGACAUUAGUUCCCUCCAGUAAAUUUGAAUUUAUUAUUUUUAGAUUAUUGGUAAUUAUUGGAUUCUUAUUUUAUACAAAUGUACUUUGUGAAACAGCGCAACGUGGCCACCGCGUGGCACUUGGUCAGUGGGCAGAUUUUCUGCCAAUUUUAUUGAUCUAUUUUAAAAUAAUCUGGUGUAAUGUAAAAUCAUGUGUCAUCACGGAACUACAGUGAAGUUACACCAUUACUGUGGUUAUUCCAUGACAUCAGCUGAAUUCUUUUAGCUAUUUUGUGCUUUUCCCAAAGUCUGACUAGUGACUAUUAUACUGAGACAUACUCAAUAGUUCUCUAAACACGGAUCAUCUGUGGCUAAAAAUAUCAGAGCCCGGACCCUCUGUUCUCCAGAAUUGAAAUCUACAAACACAAUUAAAGUGAGCAUGGAAAGUUUUUCAAAAUAAUUUUUUUCAGCAUCUCUUGACUAAAAGACAUAUAAAUAGACGAUUAAAAAAACAAAAAUAACUGGAAGUGUGUGUUUUUAAACAUGUUUUCCUCUUUAAUAACAUAGUACUUUAAAAUAUAACACACUCUGAAUAUACCCGUCAGAAUGGUGCUGGCUCUAGUGUACACGUUGAAGUAUUUUUCUAGCACCUACGUAAGUAACAAAAAAGUUGUGGUGACACCCAACGCAAUAAAACUCCCCAGUGGUUUGUGCGAAUUCAGAAUGUACUGUUUUGCAACAUUUAAAUAUCUUGAGAAGAACAUUGGGAAAAAUCCUAAUUGGGCACAGUAAUUCUCGUGAUAUCAUGUGUCCAUCUUAACAUGCAAAUGAGCACAAGAAUCAUGUUUCUGACUCAUCCUGCAUUUCUGUAAGACCAUCAUUGAACCUUCUGAAUCACAACCCUGACUUUGGUUUUAAAAAAUCCUGUGUUUAAAGCCGUGCUCCACGGGGUGCCUGCAGAAAUGUAUCAUGAUACACCCAACACGAUGCCUGCCUCUGCCCAUUGGCACUGAUACACCAAACAUGAUGCGUGCCUCUGCCCAUUGGCACUGUGAGCUGGGAAUUCUGGGAGAAUUAUUGUGUCCAAUGAGGACUUUUCUCAAGGUCUGACUUGAGAUAUGUAGAGAAUUUGCAUCAAUCAGUAGGAACAAACAGUGUGACUACUUUUAAUGGAGAGACGCCAAGGCACUCUUGGGACCAUAACCACUACAAAACAAUUAGUGGUGUUGGUGCUUGGAGUGGUUCUUCAAAGACUCUCAAUCACCAUUAAUUGCCUUUAAAUAAAUUUGUUUUCAAACUAUUUCUACUUGUAUUAAUAUUAGCUGUAAAUUGACACUUAAACAUCUAACAAUUAUUCAGAGUAGAGAUGGCUGUCACUUUAUAGGAUCGGAAAAAAGCAGACAGCCACACAGAACUUGGGUUUUUCAUUGUUGAGCUGAUUUCGAUUCCACUCAGCUGGCAACAGGAUAUUUUUGUUUUAACUACUUGGUGGUGUACCAUUUAUGUCCAAAGGAAGUAGAGGUUAGCAAGAAAUGGGAUUCUGCCUUUAUAAAUACGCAAAAGUGCUGAGUGGAUUAAAUAGUGUUUGGUGAAAUCAUUAAUUUCAGCAUUCCUUACCUAUCAGGGCCACAACUGCUCCCCCUACCUCUUGUCGUACUAUGGUCCCGGACAGUUGGUGCUUGAGGGCAAACUCGACACUCAGAAGCAAAGUUCUAAAUCGGAAAUGUCAGCAAUGCAGCACUUCAGGAAUCUGGACAAGAAAGCUAAGGAACAAGACAACGCAGAGCUUGACACCCUUCAUCAGAACAGCAUCAGGUAAUGAUCUCUCCUACAUACAGAGCUAUCACAGUGGGGUGUAUUCACUACACUUCCAAAUGACAAGGUCUGAUUAUAGGCAGGUGAAAAGAAUUCUACAACUGAAUGAUUCCAUACUAGAAUUUGAGACAACUAAUUUAUUUAAAGAAAAAUGUAGCGUUAGGAAUAUAUAUAUGUACUCCUAAGGCUACAGAUACAGGGAGCAGUACAGCACUGCAGGUACUAUAACAACUUCAGUAAAAUGAAUUUGUUAACGUGCCUACAGUGUCCCUUUGGUUAUGAACUGGGGUUUGGGAUACACUGUGCCCUGUUUGUACAUUGUUGCUGAGGCUGAAUCCUGUAGCUGCCCAGGGAUAAUGGGAGUUAGAUACCUAGUUCCAAACCUAUGUCUGAAAUGAUUCCCUGAUCAUAUAUAGUGUAAUACAUAUAGUGCAUUUUUAGAAGACAGUUUGAGAAUCUAUGACGUUCUGAAAAUUCCAAGCCAAAGCUGGCGUAUCUAAGUCAUGGGUGGAGUGCAUUCAGAACUUUAUUCUAUACACAAUAAAAAGCCAGUAUGUUACGGAGGCAUGGUUCUGUGGGUCACGGGAUAUAUCUAGGGCUAGAACACAGCUCAUUAUUGGUGCUAAUUAACAAUUUCUCUUUACCACUCCAGCCAUAUGUCUAUUGUGGAUGGAGACCCUGCCAACGUGACUAGCAUUAGCAGUACUGGGAAGGAUGGAACUCUGGUUAUCUGGAGUACGAAGGUAAUUUAAUACUUACAUAACCAAAGGUUCCUUUAUGAUUUUCUACCUUGUAAUUGUAUGAAACAGUUAAUAUUAUUUAUUUUUAUUUCUCUCGUUGCAGGUCUGAUGUGAAGCAAACCUUCUCUCCGGUAUGAGAUGCCAAGGAGACGCAUGACAAUUAGUAAGCGGAGAGGAUCUAUUCCAUAUAGGAGAAUUCCACAUUACUGCCAACUUCCGGAAGCCUUUGACAGAAGGGUCAUGGAAAGAGGCCAAUGUCCAGAACCGCUGCCCCCAAAUUUGGGUCUGAAUUCCUGCUGUACAGUCAUAUUCACUUUAGAUUUGUAUUCAAAUAUGGCAUUUGAGCAGUGAAUGUGAAACAGUUCUUGUAAAUAGCAGGCUUUAUAUAGAGCAAUUAAUUCUGCAUUCCAUUAUUUAUAUGGGAUCUUUCCUUAUAGUAGAAUGUUCUAGAACAGCAAAAUCCAGAAAAGUAGCUCUCUGACUGUAGGAGAACUACAAUUACCAUGAUACCUUUCCAGCCUAAAAUGUGACAAGUUUGCAAUAAACGAGUAUUAGUGUGGAUGUUACGCAUUCUAUAUCAUCUGAGAACAGAUAUAUCCCAACAAGGAUUACUUGAAAGCCUGGGCUUUGUGGUUUACAUGGAUUAAACAGAAAUAGUUACCUAUAAAUCAUUGCAUUACCAGAUUGGAUUAGUAGAUAAGCAGAUAUCAAUGUUAAGUAGAUAAUUAUGCAUUUUUUUGUUCAUUGGGAAUAUACCCAGAAUCCGCUUGUAAAAGCUGCAGAUCUCAUGUCUGCUGCCUUUGCAAUCCCUCCCCUUCUAACCCGCAUAGGCUUUCUGUGACUGUCCAAUCACAGGCUUCCCAAUGCAGCUCAAUGAGAAGGCAAGCCAGGUGCUCUGGAUAAAUACUGCCUCUUGAGUUUGUCUCCACUGAGCUAACCAAACCAGGAAGUAACAUGUCCGGUUGGUUGGGUUGUCUGGGUUCACUUAUACAGUAAAAGCCCCAAUUUCUACUGAAAUCUGCUCUUUAGAAGAAGAGGACAUACUCUUCACACAUAAAGUAAUUCAGCAAGCUAAAGUGCUAUUGGUGUCUGGAGUGUCCCUUUAAUUCACUAAACACUGAACUGUGGCAAAUAAAAAUUAAAUCACAAACCUUAGGCUAAAAGAGUUGGAAAAAUGUAUGUUUUUUUAUUUCGGAUUUUCCAUUUCAACUAUUUUAGUAUCAAUUUUGCAAUUCAGCUUUCAGUUUACCACAAGUCACCACCAUACUGCUGUAAACAAAAAAAGUGCCUUCCUUGAGAAAAGAUAAUAAAACAACAAUGGUUUAAAGUGGCGCUGUCACCGUCUGACGUUGAUAUGGCCGCUGAGGGUUCAGUAGCCGUGGGGGUGCAGGCACAGGUGAGUUUAACUUACCCGAAUCUGUCCCUCCCGGGCGCCGCCAUCUUCUUCCGGAAGGUCCUCUUCUGCAAAAGCACCAGUAGCCGAUGUCACUGCUGUAUUAUUCCGAAUGAG